AUGACCAGUCAAGAAACAUUAUCAGUACCUCGUGAUUUUAUUUGUCCAAUAACUCGAGAAAUUAUGCAAAAUCCUGUUUUACUUGUUGAAGAUGGUCAUUCGUAUGAAUCACAUGCUAUAGAACGUUGGUUACAAGAUCAUAAUUCUUCACCAAUAACAAAUAAAUCUUUGGACGAUCGUCGUUUUGUAAAUAAUUUUAAUUUAAAAAAUGCUAUUGAAGAAUAUUGCGCACAACAAAAAAUGAUUUUAUCUUCUAAUCAAUUUCUUACAUUUAAUAUUCGUUAUAGUCGUAUUCCUACUGCAUGGAAUGAUAAACCUAAACUUACUAUUCGUGUGAGUCUUCUUGGUAGUUCGAAUACUGGUAAAACAACACUUGCUCAUUAUCUUCAAUAUGGUUCACAAUUAACUCUUAUGCAGUCAAGUUCUUCAGUAACUGUAGGACCUGAUCUUCACUUCUUUUAUUUGGAUCAAUUAUAUGAAGACAAAUAUGUUGUUAUAAUUCAACUUUCGGAUAUACCUGGCAUGGAACGUUUUGAAUCAUGUUGUGACAAUCAUUUUCGUAGUUGUCAUGGUGCACUUUUAGUUACUGAUUCAACAGAUAUUGAUUCGUUGGAACGUGUAGAACUUCAUUGGUAUAAACAAUUACAAUUAAAAGGAAAAGAACAUGUAGAAUCUAUACUUGUUUGCAAUAAAAUUGAUUUAUUUGAAAAAGAUUGUGAUGAUGAUUAUCGACGAAUAUUUUUGGAACGAGCUGCACAUUUUGCAGCAUUACAUAAUAUGUCUAUCUGUCAUACAUCUGCAUUACGUGGUGAUAAUAUUCAAUAUAUGUUUAAACAAUUGAUAUUAAGGAUUCUACAAAAUGAAUCAUUAUUACAACAGAUCAAAGAAAAUAAUUCGUUGUGUAAUAAAUCAUCACUUAAACUAGAACCAAUACAACUUGCACCAUCUAUUAAAAUUUUACUUGAACCAUCAUGCAGGCAAAAUAGUUGUGAUAGAAACUCAUCUCGAAAUUGUUGUUCAUCUGCUUGA